CUGCCCUCUUCUAGGUCCGCAGGGUCCUCCCCUCUUUGCGUUUCUCCUCACGGUCCCCGGGAUUUGCAACCGGCUGCUUCCGUCGUCAUAGUUGUUACGUUUUCUCUGCGCCGGAAGGAGAACCCGCGAACGCUUUAGGAAUUAUGGCGGCGGUGGAUAUCCGAGAUAAUCUGCUGGGAAUCUCUUGGGUUGACAGUUCCUGGAUCCCCAUUUUGAACAGUGGAAGUGUCCUGGAUUACUUUUCAGAAAGAAGUAAUCCUUUUUAUGACAGAACAUGUAAUAAUGAAGUGGUCAAAAUGCAGAGACUAACAUUAGAACACUUAAAUCAGAUGGUUGGAGUGGAAUACAUCCUUUUACAUGCUCAAGAGCCCAUUCUUUUUAUCAUUCGGAAGCAACAGCGGCAGUCCCCUACCCAAGUUAUCCCACUGGCUGAUUAUUAUAUCAUUGCUGGAGUGAUCUAUCAGGCACCGGACUUGGGAUCAGUUAUAAACUCGAGAGUGCUUACUGCCGUGCAUGGCAUUCAGUCAGCUUUUGAUGAAGCUAUGUCAUACUGUCGAUACCAUCCUUCCAAAGGGUAUUGGUGGCACUUCAAAGAUCAUGAAGAGCAAGAUAAAGUUAAACCUAAAACCAAAAGGAAGGAAGAACCAAGCUCUAUUUUCCAGAGACAACGUGUGGAUGCUUUACUCCUAGACCUCAGACAAAAAUUUCCACCCAAAUUUGUGCAGCAAAAGUCUGGAGAAAAGCCUGUCCCAGUGGAUCAGACAAAGAAAGACACAGAACCUGCACCAGAAGCUGUCAAAUGUGAGGAGAAGGAGACCACAAAGAACAUCCAGCAGACAGUGAGCGCUAAAGGUCCCCCUGAGAAACGAAUGAGACUUCAGUGAGUAUUGGACAGGAGAGAAGCCUGCAAGACUUCUGUCCAUUAUUACACCUCAUUACUGUGGCAGGCUCUCGAGCUUUAAAAUUCUUUGUCACAACUCUCUCCUUUGUACAGAAUGUGCUUGUUUUUUAAGAAAGGAUAUAAGGACCCUCAUGCUUUCCACAUGGAUAUUUGUAUGUAUCUUUUGUAACCUUUCCCCUGCAGGACUUGAGCAGCCCCCUCCCUCCCUCACAUGUGUACUGCUUAUAUAUGUUUAAAACCAAAUAAAGAUAUUUGUCUAAAUUCCUUUAUCAUGAUUUCCCCCCGUUAAUUUUCUCUCUGAAAUAUUUCCAGGUACACUUUGUAAACACAAAGGAUUAAUGUUAAAAGUAGUAACUAAGGUUAUUUUCUCUUUGAGUUGCAUAUCUCUCAAAAUUAAAAUAAUAAAAUUACUAACAAUUUGAAUGAUAAAGAAAUGGAAAAAACCUCACUCACCUAUACCAUCACCCUACAAAUACUAUAACAGUUUUGUGAAUGUUCUUUGUCGUUUUCUGUGUAUAGGUAUUUUAGAAACCAAAGCUUGUAGUUAUUCUGUUCAUAUAAUUUUACUUUAUCAUAGUAUUAUGUUUGUUGUAAGCACUUCUCCACAUUUACUUAGUUUUUAUAGAUUAUUUUAAUGACAGAAUAAUUCCUGUGAGUGUAUGGUUUCUUAAAUUUUUCCUGUGUUCUACUUAGGUUUUCCCCUGUUUGCAUUAUUUUAAAUAAGGCUGUUGAUUUACAUUUACCUAUAAUGACUUUUCAAUAUUUAGUAUUUAUUUCCUUAGGAUAGAGUUCCAGUGGUAGAAUCACCAGAAUCUGUACUUUGCUCCUAGGCGAUAUUUCCAAGUUAUUUUUCUCAAAAGGUUUGGACCAGUUGUCACUUAAACAGCAAAGUAUGAAAAUUCCAGGCCCUCCAGAAUUUUACUAUCACUAUGUCAUUUUAUGUUUUUAGUGUUAAUUAAGAAGCAAAAAAUGUUUUUUUAUUAUUGUAACUGGUUGAAUAAUCGCUCAUCUUCGACUUUUGCAUUUAUGAAAUGUCUGAUUUUUUGUAUUGUGUAAGAUUUUUCUUUCAGCUUUUUAUUUUGACAUAAUUCAGGCUUACAGAAAAGUGUAAAAAUAGUAUGAAGAAUUUCUACAUAUAUAUAUACACACACACACACAGACGCCUUUUGCCUAAAUUCCUCAUAUGUUAACAUUUUUCCAUAUUUGUUUUAUUCUUUAAUCUUUUUCUGUCCUCUCCCCCAUAUCUAACUCUUGCCAUCAGUUGCUGUUUUCCUCUCUCUCUCUAUGUAUAUAUAUGAUACACAUGUAUAUGUACACCUUUUACUUUUGGAUCAAGAGCCAAUUGCAGAUGUGAUGCCCAUUUCCCCUAAGUACUUUUGUGUGUAUUUCCUAAAAUCAAGGCCAUACAGUUAUCAAAAUUAAACUGGUAUGAUACCAUUACCUAAUCUGUAAGCCUUACUCAUAUCUUACCAGAGGUGGCAGGAAUGUCAUUUACAGCAAAAGAAUAUCCUGAAUUACGCAUUGGAUUUUGUUGUACUGUCUCUUUAGUCUGCUUUAAUCUGGAAUAGUUCUUGUUUUUCAUGACUUGAUAUUUAAAGAAUUUAGGCCAGUUAUUUUGUUGAAUGUUUGUAAGUUUUCUUUGAUAUAUUGUCAUGAUUUAAUUCACCUCACACACUUCUGUCAGGAAUAACAUGGAAAAGAUGCUUGUGGAGGCACAUGCUAUUAACUUGCCUCUUUUCUGGUGAUGUUAACUGUACUUGGUUAAAGUAGUGUCUGUCAGGUUACUCUACUAUAAAGUUUCUAUUUUUUCUUUUGUAAUUUAGAGGUAUCUUGUGGGGGAAAUAGUUAGAGGUUCUGUAAAUACCCUGUUAGUCCUCAAACUUUCACCUACUAGUUAGCAUCCAUUGAUAAUUCUUGCCUGCAUAUGAUGGUUGCCAAAUGGUGAUGUUUCUGAUUCCAGCAUUCUUCUAUGUCUAUUAGUUGACUUUUUGCUAUAAAGAUGAGAGCUUUCCUUUCUCCCUUUCUUAUUUAUUUAUAUCAUUUUGGACUUCUAGAUUCUUAUUUUACUCGGUGAGUUAUAUUUCUUUACUAGUAUUACUUAUAUUGAUGCUCAAAUUGUCCCAGCUUGGGCCAAUGGGAGCCCCUUCAAGUUGAUUCCUAUGUCCUUUUGAGAUGACCCUGUCAUUCAUUGUGUAUUUUCUUUACAUUUGGGCACAGUAGGAUAUUCCAGGUUCUUCCCAAAUCUGGAAUCAGCCAUGUCUCUAAGGUCCCUAGUUCCUUUUGGUAGAGAAUGCAUUUGGAAAUCAGGAUAUUUGUGCGAGGCAUAUUUGUUUGCUACUGGGGUGUCAUUGCUUCUAGGCCCUCUCAGCUGACAGAGUUAAGAAAUAGAUACAUACUUAGAUAUAAGUGAAUACACAUACAUCUCCACUCGUAUAUUUAUGUUCAUUAAAAGCCAUCAAUUUAUACUCAUACCACCAAUUCCAGUCCAACACCACAGGGUUGACUCUGUUCUAUAUGUGUAAUUCUCACCUUGAUGAGAAUUUUGGUUCCUGUUAUCCACAGUAUUUUUAUUUACUUGCUUAAUCCUAUAAUAUCAAAGUAGUUUUAGAAUCGCUAACCUAUACCUCUGCCAAAAAGAGAUCCCUAAUUAGAGUUCAGAAUUUGCUUAUUUCUUCCUAUGUUUAGCUUGAAGAUACAUAGUUUAGAUAUUGUGUUUAGAAAUUACUUUGGUUAUUUUUCUCUCUCUCUUCAGUGUGGUUACAUUACUCACUUAUUAGAUUGUUUGCUUCAUUUGCUUCUUAUUGUAUUGUUUGGGGGCAUGUGAGAUGUCAACUUGGUUCUAAAUGUCAGAACUGUCAAAAAAGAUUCUAAGUAUCAUACCCCUUCAUCCCCUGCCCUAUUCAUUUCUUCUGUCUUUUCCACGUCAUUCCUACCCAUCCCCGCAAAGUAACCAACCUAAUUAAUCUCUAGUUUACCUGUACUGUAUUUAUUUUGCACACAUGAAUAGAUAUUUUCUUAUUUCCCCUUCUUAUACAAAAAACGGCACAUUAUAUAAACUUUUUGUACUUUGCUUCUUUUCUACUUAUUUAAGCAUGAACUUUUGACAUAAAGAUAUUAACUCUG